AUGGCACAGCCCGCUCCCUCCGCUCAAGAAGCUGCCUCCGGCUUCGACUUCGACACCCGUUUGGCCGAGUGGGACGUGCCGGCCAAGACCUGGCUCGCGAGCAACGAGGCGAAGCUGCGACAGAGACGGCUGAAGCUGGACGGCCUAGCCACCGGUGCCGUCGUCUUCAACCCCGAGGGCAAGGUUCUCGUCAUCCAACGCGCCAGCCACGACACCAUGCCUGACCGAUGGGAGAUACCCGGCGGCGCCGUCGACCAAGACGACCCGACCAUUCUCCACGGCGCUGCUCGCGAACUCUGGGAGGAGGCUGGCCUUGUUGCCACGCACUUCCGCCAGCUCGCGACCGAGGACGAAGACGGGCCUGGCGGUGACCUCGCAGUCUUUUCUAACCGCGAUGGCACUCGUUGGUUCUGUCGCUUUGCCUUUCACGUCGACGUUGCGUCUUGCCAAGAUAUUCGACUCGAUCCGGCCGAGCAUCAAGCUUUUACCUGGGCCUCGGAAGAGGAAAUCAGAGAGCAGAGAGUGGGCAGCCGCGACAUGCCCAUCACCCACAAGUCCAUGCAAGGGCUCAUUCUCAGGGCGUUCAAGUCGAGACGAUGA